GUGGCUGUUUUAGAGGAACUUGGAUACUAUUAGUAUCUAUGCUGCGCUUGAAGGCUCUCGGUCUAUGGCGACUGCUGGCGAGGACAGGAACAGUGCCAGUGAAGAUGGCUGUCCUGUGGAGAGAGCUCUGAUUGCUAAUGAGAUGAUGUUGUACAGUGAACAGGAUAAGAGCUGGCAAGACUGCAUUCUCUCCUAUUUCCCACCUUACUUAACUGUGGCAAAAUUCCAAGAGGUGCAAUCAGAGAUUUUGGAGCUUCAGCUAAAGCAUUUGAAUGAAAGUUGGUACCAUGGCGUUGUCGGUAGAAGAGAAGCCCGACACAUCUUGUUGGACUUUAAUGGUGGGAACUGUUCAUUUUUAGUCCGAACGAGUCAGCGACUGGAGGGGAAGUUUUCCAUCUCUGUUCUGUACGAAGAUCGUGUGUACCACAUCAUGAUUCGGAGCACCCCCCACCACAGGACUAGAGUGUUCUACAAUGUCGGUUUAGACGGACCAUUUCAUACCUCCCUUUACGACCUCGUUGAGGAUUGCAGACAAACAGCACGCAUCACAAACAAGUUGUUUACCAUUAAACUAGAGAGAGUUGCACCCAAGUUACACACCGACUGCUCGUGGCUAGACAGGGAGACACUACGAACCCAUCGUGAGGCAGAGGAAUGUUUCAGUGGUGAGGGAAGAGAUGGUGCCUUCUUUGUGUACCAGACUGACCCCACGACUGACUCCUACAGUAUCAGCUACAGAGCUGGAGAUCGUGUACAGCACGUUCAGAUCCUACCAACAGUUGUUAUGAGAGUGAGAGGUUACACGUUUGGUACCGUAUUCUCUCCAGUGAUGUAUAAGAUUGUUCACUAUUACAUGGAGAACCCGAUACAGGGAAGCACCAUUCUUAAAUAUCCCAUGAAAAAUGUGAACCCAGUAGCCCCAGUGUGUGGUAUGGCCAUGACAUCAUCUACUUCCCCACACCUCAAGUUCCCCACUGGAAGCCUCGUGACGAAAGUUCGACCUCACGAAACAGACCCUCAAAGGAGUAUUGGUGAGUACAACGGCAAAGCUGGGAGCUUCCUGACUAGCUGUCUCCGAAUACUAUCCAGAAAUGAAGUGGACUACCUCAACACACUGACACCCCAUAACGCCCCUUACCCCAAGUGGGGUGAUGGACUAAUAACAUUUCUCAAAUCACAGCGUACUUCGUCCGAUUCAUUCAAAUUUAAUGCACAAAGUAACAAAUUUCAAGUCGAUUUCAAAUCUGAUGAUAAACAAAUAAUUCUAUCGAGCUCCAAACAAAAGUGCAAGCUUCAGUGUCAGUCAGAAAAGGAUUUCUCUGUUUGGCAAGAUUUUCUCACUUUUCCAUCUACUAACACUUCAACCAAUGACAAACAAAAGUGCAGUAUCGCAUGACUUCAAUCAUCUAACUUUUAGUUAUAACCGAAUUCAUUUGUUUGUUACAUUUUCCAUCCCCUUUUCCCCUUUUUUCAUGUGUGGCAUUCUCCCACUUCAUAUACAGUCUUAAUUCAGUCUAUAUUUACUCUGAACAAUGAUCAUUAUACCGGUGCAUUUAUCUCUGCAUUGUAAUUAUAACAACAGACAUUCCUGCGGACUGAGUUUUAUUGUGUGAU